GGUUGCCGACCCCUAGUAGACGAAAAUACAAACAUUAAUUGAUCGGACGGAAUAUUAGUUAAUAAAGAAUUUUUUUUAAUACGUGAAUAUUUUAUAAACAAUACGUACAAAAUUAAAAAUAUUGUAAGAAACAGAUAAUAUUAUUUACGUAAGGCUUUUCAGUUCAACUGGGAUUUUUUUGUUUAAAUAGCAAUAGAGUUAAAAUAAUAUUUUAUGUACUUUUUCCUAAUACUAUGUUUUCUGAUACUACAAAUGCCAAAGUUGUAAAACUAUCCACUGACAGUAUAUUCAUUUUAGAUUUUCCUUUAGAAGUUCUUCUGAAAAUAUUGAGCUUUGUUGAUGCCAAAUGUUUGUAUGAAGUUGUUAUAUUAACUUGUAAAUUUUUCAAAAAACUUAUUAAUUGCGUUGACAUUCAAAAAACUAUUUUUUCAAUAAAGUACGACGAAAACGUUAUUUCAGAUGCACUAUACGUAAAUAGUUGGAGAACAUUAUGCUUUACUUAUGAAAAAGUCAAUAACUGGAAGAAAAUCAAUAAGGAUGAAUCUAAGUUAAAAAAACUUAAGUUAAGUGGUCAUUAUGCACCAGUGGAUGCAGUACAUAUUAUGCCUUGUGGAACAAUUUGUGUAUCAGGCUCACGUGAUAGAACAGCAUUAGUUUGGAAUUUACGAGAUUUUAUUGAAGAAGGAGCUGAAGUGCCUUCUUGUAGCAUAUUGCAAGGUCACAAGGGUUGGGUUUGGGCCAUAGAUAGCGAUAAAAACUAUCCAAACCAAGUGAUUACUUGUUCGUGGGAUAAAAGUCUUAAAGUUUGGGAUUUAAAUAGUGACAACAAGGAAUCGUUUGCUACUUAUGAAUAUCAUCCUGCAGCAGUAUUAGACAUUAAGUGUCAUGAUAAUGUUUAUACUACUUCUUGUUUUGACAAAUCAAUUAGAGUUUUUGAUCCUCGGUCAAACUCUAUUGUUUUGCAUUCCAUGCAUCAUCGUAGACCGGUAGUUUGUGUGGAUGUGACUGACAAGUAUAUUAUAUCAGGAAGUGAAGAUCAGACUAUUGGCAUUUAUGAUGUGCGAGCUGGAAAACUAUUAAGGAAAUUAAAUCUUGAUACACCUGUGUUAUGUAUGAAUACUGGUGUAGAGCAGGGCUUUAAUUAUUUAAGAGUGGGUGGCAAGUGUGGAUCUCUAAUAGUGUUUGAUAUCACUGAUGACCGGUUUACGUUAUUAGAUUCAACCGAACUUUGGGAACAUUAUAAGCUUACUACUUUGUGUAAUUUUUCUGGUUGUAUUAUUGCUGGUUCACAAAAUGGCUUUGUAAGAUGCUACAAACCUGAUAGGUCUUCAACUCUCAUUCACAAGUUUCAAGCUCAUUUUGGUGAAGUUUCUGCAUCGUAUUCGUUAAAUAACCUUUUGGUUACUGGCGGUAAUGAUAAUGCUACUGCGUGGACCUUUAAUCAUAUUUGAAAGUUUUUUUUUAUUGAAUUUUAUUUUAAAACUAACAUAAAACAAAAAUUAUUGAACUAUAAUGAAGAGAAGUUAAAAAAGUACUUCAUUAAUUUAUUUAAACCUAAAUUUGUAAUUUUUGAUAUGUUUUUUAUUCAAAAAUAAAUAAUUGUUUUACACAUUUUCAA